AUGUCCGACGCCCCAACCGCCCAACCCUCCAAAACGGAGCGCUUCCUUCGAGGCGCGGGACAAGUGCGCGAAGAUCCCAAUCAGCGAUUAUGGGCGCCCGCUAGAUGGGUGGUGCAAUUGGUUCAAUACCUGAUUGCUAUCAUCAUGGUCACGAUUGGUGAGAGCUUACGAGCGAUUAUCAAGGGCGAAGCUCCGAGGAAGAGGAGAGCGGAGUGA